UCUGUUUGCUUCAAUAGUCAUGGCUCUUGUUCGAGUUUCUUGCAUCUUUCUGCUGCCAUUGCUUUUGCUCGCAAUUGCCAAUGCUGCUAAAGAAGCAACGGUGGUUUUGGAAGGGGUGGAUGUUAUGCAUGAUCCACGAUAUUUGGCUACUAUCCUGGGAAACGAAGGCCUAGGACUAACAAGUGUUCUGGGCGACACUUAUUGUUGCCUCAAGAACGGCUAUGGGUGCAUGCAAAAUUGCGACUCAUCCAAGAACUACUCAUGCUGCCUCAAGAAUGGAUAUGGCUGCACGUGGAUGUGCGAGAAUGGUGUGGAGCACUACUGCUGUGAGAAGAAUGGCUAUGGCUGCACCAAGAUGUGUCCCAAGUCUACAGUCACGUUUGGCAACCUGUAAAAUGGAUAAUGUGUGGAUGUGUAUGCGUGCCGCUAUAGAUCUAUGGCGGCCAGCUUCAAAUAAAAACUGAGUGGCUCACUCUCUGACUUUCUUUUUAGAGUCUUGAGCUUAAUUCA